AUCUGUUCCUUUUUAAACCACCGGAUUUUCCUCCUCCCAUUUCUCCUCUGGAUUCUCUCUCUCCCUUAAUUUUUUUGUCGGUGCGGUGCAGAUCUUGGAGCUUCCAUUUUAUCGGUCGAUUCCGAGUUAUUUCGCCGCUCUAAUUUAGACGAGAAUUUGAGAUUGAGGGAGUUGAUUUGUUUUCUAGUAUUAAAAUUUUCGACUAGUUCGAAUUCGCGAGGAGGUGGAAUUUGGAAAAUAUUUUAAGUUUUUCUAGAUCUGUAUAUUGACUAUUUAGUGUCGGCUGUUACCGGAUGUGUAGAUUUUUAGAUUUUUAGGCGUCAUUGUAUUUUUUUGUUUGUUGUAAAAAUAGGAGGUGGAUCGAUUUUCGAUUUGCUUCAGGUUUAUUGGGGGGUUUUGAUUUAUUGGAGGAUUGGGGAAGGGUAGUGGAAAUGGUGGGCUUCUGUACUUGUGAUCCGGUAGGUAGGCGGCCAACAGCAGCUCAAAUGUGGCUGAUCUUAUGAGAACGAUUUGGUAGCGGUUUGGACUUUUCUGAGUGUUUUCUUUUAAAAUCUUGAAGUUCUUCUCGCUUCAGAAGUUUGGACUUCCCUCAUUUUGCCCAGAAUGCAGCAAGAUCAACACAAAAAGAAUUCAACCGAAGUGGAGUUCUUCUCUGAUUAUGGCGAUGCCAGUCGAUACAAAAUUCAGGAGGUAAUCGGGAAAGGAAGCUAUGGUGUGGUGUGUUCUGCUAUCGACACUCGCACCGGCGACAAGGUUGCUAUAAAGAAGAUUCAUAAUAUUUUUGAGCAUAUAUCUGAUGCUGUCAGAAUUCUCCGUGAGAUAAAGCUGCUUAGACUUCUUCGUCAUCCUGAUAUUGUUGAAAUUAAACACAUUAUGCUCCCUCCUUCAAGGAGGGACUUCAAAGAUAUCUACGUUGUUUUUGAGCUCAUGGAAUCUGAUCUUCAUCAAGUUAUUAAAGCAAACGAUGAUCUGACUCGAGAACACUAUCAGUUUUUUCUCUAUCAACUUCUUCGUGCGUUAAAGUAUAUUCAUACAGCGAAUGUCUACCAUCGGGAUUUGAAACCAAAGAAUAUAUUGGCGAAUGCAAAUUGUAAACUUAAAAUUUGUGAUUUUGGAUUGGCAAGAGUUGCGUUUAGUGACACGCCAACGACAGUUUUCUGGACGGAUUAUGUUGCUACUAGAUGGUACCGAGCUCCGGAGCUAUGUGGUUCGUUUUUCUCCAAGUAUACACCUGCAAUUGAUAUUUGGAGUAUUGGCUGCAUAUUUGCUGAAGUAUUAAUGGGGAAGCCACUUUUUCCUGGCAAAAACGUUGUUCACCAGCUCGAUUUGAUGACGGACCUUCUUGGAACUCCUUCAUUAGAUACAAUCUCCAGGGUUCGUAACGACAAGGCUAGACGAUAUUUAACGACCAUGCGGAAAAAGCAGCCGGUUUCAUUUGCUCAAAAGUUUCCAAAUGCUGAUCCUUUAGCGCUGAGGCUAUUAGAAAGGUUGCUUGCUUUUGAUCCAAAAGAUAGGCCAACUGCUGAAGAGGCAUUGGCAGAUCCAUACUUCAAGGGAUUGGCGAAAAUUGAGAGGGAACCUUCCUGCCAGCCAAUCACAAAGAUGGAAUUUGAAUUUGAGAGGCGGAGGGUAAUAAAAGAAGACAUUCAAGAGCUAAUCUUCCGUGAGAUAUUAGAAUAUCAUCCCCAGCUACUAAAAGACUACAUGAAUGGGACUGAGAGAACAAAUUUUCUAUAUCCAAGUGCUGUUGAUCAAUUUAGAAAGCAGUUUGCACAUCUGGAGGAAAAUGGUGGUAAAAGUGCACCGGCAAUUCCUCUCGACAGAAAGCACGUAUCCCUCCCAAGGUCAACAGUUGUACACUCGAACCCGGUCUAUUCUAAGGACCAACUAAAUAACGUACCCGUCCAAGAUGGGAAGAUCUCCGAACAGGCAUACAGCAAGAAUUCCCGAGAUAGCGAAGGACGGCUAACAAAUAUAUCAAGAACCUUGCAGGCACCACAAAAGAUCCCAUUUGCAGCCAAGCCUGGAAGAGUGGUUGGACCAGUUAUAGCAGAUGAAAGCGGAAUGCGAGUGAAGGAACCAUACGAUCCUAGAACGUUGAUCAGAGGUGCCAUUCUUCCUCCUGCAUACCAUUACCAGAAACCCUAUGCAGCAAAUCAAGAAAGAUCUGCAGCAGAAACGAAACUGGAUAUUUCACUAAGGGCCACCAAGCAAGCUUCCCAGUGUGGCAUGGCUUCCCAAAUAGGAACAGACAUAGCCAUCAGCAUUGACCCGAACCCCUUUUAUAUGACACGUGCCGGAGUGAACAAGAUCGAACUCAAGGACCAAAUAUCCAUUGACGCUAACUUUCUACAGGCCAAGGCCUCCCAAUACAGUGGCAUUGGUGCAGCAACCGCCACCACCACCUCGGUUGCUCACAGAAAGGUCGUUGCCGGUCAGUUUAGCAUGACAAAGAUGUACUAAUAAAAGUGUAAGUUGGCCAGUCAUGGAUGAUCCGGCAUGUAAACCCUCGUUCAGAUCGAGAAAGCCAUUGGUGGAUAUCAGAAGAACGUUGAGGAGGGUGGCGAUUGGGUCAAGUCGGCUGCUUUGUGUGUAAUAGAUGGAAGAGAGGUCAGUAGCCUCUCAAGAAAGUAGAUUUAUCAGGUUAUAUUAAAUGCACAGUUAGCUUGUAAUAAGAAACUGUAUCUUACAAACAAAGGAAAAAAAAAAAAAAAAAAACAUACGCAGUAAGAAUAUGUGAGUAGUAACCCCCAUUUUCUUGCUUUAUCUAUAUCACCUGAGACAAAUUAAUAGACAUCAUCGUCACUUGUCUUGUA